CGCCGCCGCCGCACCCUUUCGCAAGAAAGAAAAGGAGAAAAAGAAUAAACGAGAGAAAAAUCAAACCGCAGAGAGAGAGGAACGCGUGCCAUCCUUCCGCGCUUGUAGGGUUUCCGGAUCGGAGGAGCGCGCCACGCCGUCGCAACCAUGGUUCGCGGAUCGAUCGGGAAGCUGGCCUCGCGCGCCCUCUCCGUCGCCGGGAAAUGGCAGCACCAGCAGCUCCGCCGCCUCAACAUCCACGAGUACCAGGGCGCGCAGUUGAUGGGAAAGUACGGUAUCAAUGUUCCCAGGGGAGCGGCGGCGGGAUCGGUGGAGGAGGUCAAAAACACCUUGAAGAACGUCUUCCCUAGCGAGAAGGAGAUAGUUGUUAAGAGUCAAAUCCUUGCUGGUGGCCGUGGACUGGGAACUUUCAAAAGUGGACUGCAGGGUGGCGUUCAUAUUGUUAAGGCGGAGGAAGCUGAAAGCCUUGCAGCAAAAAUGCUUGACCAGAUUCUGGUAACAAAACAAACUGGUCCACAAGGGAAGAUUGUGAGCAAGGUUUACUUAUGCGAGAAACUUUCACUUGUUAAUGAGAUGUACUUUGCCAUCACCCUUGACAGGAAUACUGCUGGUCCGCUCAUCAUAGCGUGCAGCAAGGGAGGAACUAGCAUUGAAGAUCUUGCAGAGAAGUACCCUGAUAUGAUCAUCAAGGUUCCUAUUGAUGUGUUCAAGGGAAUCACAGAUGAUGAUGCAGCUAAAGUUGUUGAUGGUCUGGCACCAAAGACAGCUGACAGACAAUCUUCUAUAGAACAAAUUAAGAAGCUAUAUGAACUGUUCUGCAAGUCUGAUUGCACAUUGCUGGAGAUAAAUCCUCUUGCUGAGACAUCUGACAACAAGCUGGUCGCUGCUGAUGCAAAGUUGAACUUUGAUGACAAUGCUGCAUUUAGGCAGAAAGAGAUAUUUGCCAUGCGUGAUACAACACAGGAAGACCCCAGAGAGGUGGCUGCUGCCAAAGCUGAUUUGAACUACAUUGGACUUGAUGGAGAAAUUGGCUGCAUGGUGAAUGGUGCAGGAUUGGCAAUGGCUACAAUGGACAUUAUUAAGUUGCAUGGUGGUACACCAGCCAAUUUUCUCGACGUAGGUGGAAGCGCGUCAGAGGGACAGGUUGUGGAAGCAUUUAAGAUUCUGACUUCAGAUGAUAGAGUGAAGGCUAUUCUAGUGAACAUUUUUGGGGGUAUCAUGAAAUGUGAUGUGAUAGCAAGUGGAAUAGUGAAUGCAGCUAAACAGGUUGACCUGAAGGUGCCUGUUGUUGUUCGGUUGGAAGGCACUAAUGUAGACCAAGGGAAGAGGAUUCUAAAGGAAAGUGGAAUGACUUUGAUCACUGCAGAGGAUCUGGAUGAUGCGGCUGAAAAAGCUGUAAAGGCGUCUGUCAAAUAAUUAAUUAUUUGUAGCAUACCAAUAUGAAGUUUCUUUUUUUGCUGGCACAAGAUGAGCGGUGCUCAAAAAUAUUGCAGGGGUCUGAAGUUGCGAACCCCAUAUCUUUUUGAAGUGGAAUUAAUGUGGCUUAUUUCCCCUUGAAACGUCGUGAUCUAGUGUUAAUAAACCUGUCUGCAUAAAACUGAGCAACCACUUCUUUUUUGCCAGAGUUAAAGCGGAAUUCAUCUGUUUUGCCUUGAGCAA